UAAAGUUUAAAAGCUUUCGCGUAAGCCACAUAUAAACAUUUCGAACCUCGCCUUUACACAUGAAUCAUAAAUGUGUGAAUGUUGGGAAGAGAGAGGGUGUGUUACUAGUAGCUAGGUUAGCACUCAUUGAUAAAUCACAGGAGCCAGAAUAAAUUGGAGUAGUUCACAAUGCUAUACCAUAAGAAUAUUUGAUGACGUUAACAUGACUCUGACGUCAGUACCACUGCUACUUCUAUGUGACAAGCAUGGGAAUAUUCAUGCUUGUUUUGCACAAAAUAUAGUUCUUUAUUAAAUUAACUUUCAGACGUGCUGACCGCAGCAGCAUGCACGGGUAGCUGCACGCCGCGCGUCCUGCCGCAUCCCGGAUGGAUGCCGGACAAUGUACGUGGAGGACUUGAAGAAGGACUUCUACAAUGUCCUGGUCGGCAAGAGGAUCCUGCUGCUGGUCAACUACGACAUCGACGCGAUAUGCGCUUGCAAGAUCCUGCUGCACCUGCUGCACUUCGAGCACGUGCUGUACACGCUGGUGCCCGUGCAGGGCCUCAAGGACAUGCAGGACGCGUUCGACGCCAACCCGGAGGUGAAGCUCGUCGUGCUCGUCAACUGCGGCGGCACGGUGGACGUGGUGGAGGCGCUGCAGCCCGCCGAGGACGUGGUGCUGUUCGUGGCCGACAGCCACCGGCCCACGGACGUGUGCAACGUGUACAGCAGCGGGCAGGUGCGGCUGCUGGGGCGGCCGGAGGACGACGAGGGCGUGCCUAGCUUCGAGGACCUGUUCCGCGACGACGACGACGACGACGGCGGCGGCGGUGGCGGCUCCGGCGAGGAGGAGGAGGCGGGGGAGGAGGGCGGGGCCGGCGAGUCGAGGGCCAACAAGCGCCUCCGGCUGGACGAGCAGGCGCUGAUGAGGCGGCGCGCGCGGCGCCUGUGGGCCGAGCAGCGCAACAAGCUGCUGUUCGACUACUCGCAGUUCAGCUACUACGGCCGGUCGAGCGCGGCGCUGUUGUUCGAGCUGGCGUGGAAGCUGUCCAAGGACAGCACGGACCUGCUGUGGUGGGCGGUGGUGGGGGUGACGGAGCAGGCGGUGCUGGGCAAGGUGGAGAACCAGCGCUACGUGCUGGCGACGGGCGAGCUGCAGAACCACGCGUCGCGCCUGGCGCCGCCGCCCCCCGAGGACGAGGAGGGUCGCGCCGGCACCGCCGCCAGGAUCACGUACGACCGGGACCUGCGGCUGGCGCUGUACCGCCACUGGACGGUGGAGGCGAGCCUGCGCCACUCGUGGUACACGGCGUGCAAGCUGCGCAUGUGGACGCUGCGCGGGGAGAAGCGCCUGUUCGAGCUGCUGGCCGAGAUGGGGCUGCCGCUGGCGCAGAGCCGCCAGAAGUUCCGCGCCAUGGACCUGAACCUGCGGCAGGAGUUCCGCGGCGCCGUCGAGAAGCUGGCCGACAAGUACGGCCUCGAGGACAUCGUGCACGUCACCUUCACGCUGCAGUACGGCUUCGGCAACUGCUACUGCGCGUCGGACGUGGUGUACGCGAUGCUGGCCGUGCUGGAGUCGCCGGCCAAGGACCGCUCGGGCUGCGAGCGCUUCAUGGCCGCCAUGGACUGCCUGUCGCGGGCGCGCAAGGACCUGCUGGACGAGGGCAUCGAGCAGGCCAAGCAGCUGCUGGUGUGCGUGUCGAAGCAGGUGCAGAGCGUGCUGGGCGCGCGCCAGGUGGUGUGCGCCGGGCCCUUCGUGUACGUGGUGCUGCAGGAGGGCGCCGCGGACGUGCGGCCCUUCUCGCGGCCGCACUGCCUGGCGCUGCUCGCGCGCUUCGUGCUGCGCGCCUACGUGGCCACGUCGCGCAACCGCCGCGCGCCGGCGCUGCCCAUCGUGGCGUCGGCGCCGCUGGACGCCGAGGGCACGUGCCUCGUGCUGGGCGCGCCGCCGCUCGCCGAGGACUCGCCCCGCAGCUUCUUCGGCAAGGCCUUCGAGCAGGCCGCCGUCGAGACGCGCUCCAGGGUGUCGCUCGACUACUUCGACACCUCCGUCAUCCAGCUCAAGGUCGAGGACCGGCCCAAGUUCUUCGAUGCCUUGACCACUCUGCUCGCCUGAUCACAAACACAUCCUCCUGUACAUUGUUUAGAUUUUUAUUCUAUUAACUCGUGUUGCAGUUAGCUUUAUGGUGUGUACUAACCGAAUGAUUAUUUAAUUGUGUCAUAUUGGCAGCAAUGAGUGUGUUUUUUAUAUAAUUUGGAUUUUAAUAAAUUAUUUUUAAAAAAACA